AUGUCAAUAGCAUUAUGGUACUGUCCAGUUCCAGGGACAUACCAGUACGAAGUACUUAAACAAUUGAUAGUAUCAUUGCAGACAAUUUUUCCCACAUCACCACUUUUUGAACCUCAUAUAACAUUAGCUACAAAGCUUCAGUGUGAAAAUAAAGAGAAGAUAGAUGAAAUAUUGACAUCAUGCGUAGCAGCAGUCCAAUCUAUCAAGGGUCAACUACAACAAUCCAACGGAACACCACUUGUUUCUUUUGAUGAAUGUUGUAUUAAUAAGAAGUUUUUCAAGAAAGUUACAUUAAAUUGUAACCAGAACAAAUAUUUGGUGAGCAUGGCCCGAAUCAUGCAAGAAUUGUAUAGUGAGGGGGAUGGCGAAGAUGCUAACGGUACCUGGGAGCCACAUGUGUCGUUAUUAUAUUCUGAUGUUACCCCGAUCAGUAAAGCUUUCGUAAGGAUUAUUCAACAAAGGAUCGAAGAUGCUUUAGAUGUAAGGCUUAUCGAAGACACAUCAAUUGCAAGUAAUGAACAAUAUAAGAAUGAUAUCCAGACAAAAUGGAAAUUUGAUCGCAAGCCGUCUUUGAAUUGGAAUCUCCCCGGUUCUUUCAAAAUUGUAAGAUGUGAAGGACCCAUAGGAGAGUGGAUGGUCAUAGGCCGAAUAGAUAUAUAA